AUGUCAUGGUCUCUAGGGUUUAUGGCAAGCUGCCAGUAGGACGGAGGCUUCCUCGACCACCGUCGCCGGCAUUCGAUCGUGCUGCCAGAGAUCCGCAACAGCAAUCGCUCAGAUCAGCUCUACAGAUCGACACCGAGCAAUAUUUCCAGCAUCCAUCCCCGGGGCCGCUUUCUCCAGCGAUCUACGCCUCCCUGCUCCGGCGAUGCGCGAAUGCGCAGGCGCUGGCCGUUGGGAGGAGGAUCGAUGCCCAUAUUUCGAGCUAUCAUCGCGAUCCAGGUACUUUUCUCGGCAGUUUGCUCGUCCAGAUGUAUGGCAAGUGUGGAGACAUCGACAGCGCGCGCCGGGUUUUCGAUUCGGUGGGCGCCAAGACGGCAUUCACUUGGAAUGUGAUGCUGGCAGCAUAUGCCCAAAAUGGGCAUUACAAUCAAGCACUGGAUUUGUUCCGGGAGAUGGGAUCCAAGCACAGGAAUCCGGAGGAGAAGCCCAAUGCCAUCACCUUCUCGACUGUGACCAACGUCUGCUCGCUGUCUGGGGAUCUAGAGGCCGGGAGAGCUCUCCAUGCUCGAAUUCUAGACAGUGGAGUGGAGCUUGAUGACUUCGUGGGGACUUGCCUCAUCAACAUGUAUGGCAAGUGUGGGAGCUUGGAGGACGCGAAGAGAUUGUUUGAGGCCUUGCCAAGGAGGAGUGUGGUGGCUUGGAACACCAUGCUCGGCCUCUUCGUCCAGAAGGAACGCUGCGAAGAAGCUCUUCGUUUUUUCAGAAGGAUGCAAACCUCGGAGACAGUCGUCAUCCCGGACUCAGUGAGUUAUACAACUGCGCUGAGAGCUUGCUCGCUGCUGGAAAGUUUGGAGGAUGGGAGAUCAAUCCACCACGACUACUUGGCCGGUGGAAUCAAGCCGGAUAUAGUUCUUGGAAACACGCUCGUCAAGAUGUAUAGCGUCUGUGGCAGUGUGGAAGAGUCGAGGCACGCUUUCGACGCCAUGCCGGAGAAGAACAGCGUCUCCUGGACAACCAUGUCCGUCACAUACACUCAGAGUGGCCGCCAUCGAGACGCGAUGGAGCUCUACUGGAGCAUGAACUUGGAAGGCGUGAAGUCACACCAGGUGGUAUUUCCAAGCGUUCUUAGCGCGUGCUGGGAGCUGAGACAAGGCAGAGACAUCCACGCUCGGGUAGUUGCCGAAGGUUUUGAUCGAGACACAGUCGUGGGGAAUGCGCUAGUGACGAUGUAUGGGAAGUUUGGAGCGCUCGACGAUGCAAGGCGGGUUUUUCAUCGCAUUCCUGAGAAGACGGUCAUUUCCUGGACGUCCAUGAUCGCGGCAAAUGCUCAAAACGGAGAAUGGGGGGAGGCCUUUCAACUGUUUAAGACGAUGAAGAGCCGGGGUGGUGUGAGGCCGAACGCCGUGACUUGUCUCAUCAUCCUCGACGCCUGCUCCGACUUUGGGACGGUAGGAGAUGGCAGAGAAAUCCAUGCCGAGAUAAAAGCCGGUGGAUUGGACUCGCAACUCCGGGUGAACAACACGCUCGUCAACAUGUAUGGGAAAUGCGGGAGCUUGGCCGAUGCGAGGGAAGUUUUCGACAGCAUGCGCGAGAGAAAUGUGGUCUCUUGGACGUCCAUGCUGGCUGCGUAUACGCACCAGGGACACGGCAACAAGGCACUGGAACUAUACAGGACUAUGGAGCUUCAAGGCAUGGAGCUCGACGACGUAGCAUUCGUGAGCGUUUUAUCAGCGCUCGGUCACGCAGGAUCCGUCCACGACUGCCGGCAGUGCUUUAUGACUAUGGUCCGUGACCAUGAGAUCCAGACAAUGGCAGAGCAUUACAACUGCUUGAUCGACUUGUUUGGAAGAGCCGGGUGGCUGGACAAUGCUAAGGACUUGCUGGAAAGGAUGCCGUUCGAGCCUGCUUACAAGGAGUGGAUGACUUAUUUGGGGUCGUGCAAGCUGCACGGCGACUCUCACCGUGCUGCAGAUGCUGCCAGGCGAUGUGCCGAUUUGAGGCCAGGAGUGGCCCAACCUUUCGUCAUGCUGCUCAGCACGGUUGGCAACGAGGACGACGCGGAGGAAACCGAAUCAAAAGCCGACGCUCUCUAGUGGGAAGAUCUGGAUAAAGUCGUCACAAUCAGGCUGGCUGGAGCUUGGGCGAUGUCUGAUUCAAAAAAUGAGGAGUAGAAAAGUCUCUGGUGCGAGAAACAGGCCAGAACAGGAUUGACAAGGGUCCUUUCUGUGAUUGAAGCUCCGGCCAUUAAGAAUGUGUUGGUGUCAGCUCUCGUCUCGUCUCUCAGAAAUUAUUUGCGCUGCGGCUACACGACAGUUUCGCUGUGGACACAGGGAUCGAUUGACGCUCGCUGGCUUUUUUAUCUUCUCCUUUCCUUUCGGCGAGGUCCAAGUCCAAUUGGACAAUCUCUACUCUGAGAGUAAGCUAUGCACACGCUGCUUUCACCCCUCGUCAUUGUUGCAGUUUGGUGGCCUAGAUUUCGCGAGCAACUCAACCUUUAACUGCUAGCAGCAUCGAUCGCCGGUGUGGCACAAUAACUCACUUGGGAGCCACAGAGCAGCAGCCAGCGCAGCAAGAUCUCUCUUCGCAGCACAAACAGUUAUAUACGAGCCUCCAAGCUCUCUCUUCUCUAAAGCCUGCGUCGCCCACAGCGCUGCGAAGUCCUGCAUUCAUCGCUCACAAGCUCGCCUUCUCUCUUGACGUGACCCCCUUCGGUUUAUCUUACUUUCUCUUCGUUCUAACGCUGUUUUCCAUUUCCGUGCAGGGAUCUGCGACGAAGAUCUUCGCAAAUUCCAGGCUAUAAAGGAGCGAAGCGAGAGAGCUCUUAAACAAACAUUCGAGAGUGGCUUUACUCCUUUUGUUUCAAGCUGGCGACGAUUCAUGCUACGCAACGAUGCUCUCUCGCAACAUCCUUUUUGUUUGGGGUGGCAGAGCCCACAUUCCACCACCGCUCCACCAUACUUUGAUUGCCAGCAAAUUCCAUCCCAAAUUUCAAUGCGCGCAAAAGUAAAGGAAAAGAUCAAAAGAGCUCUCGUAGCUUUCGAAACCUCGCUGAUAGCUUUGAUUGAUCCAUUGAGUGAUAGACACCUCCAACAUUGAACUAUCAGCUUCCAAACAGCGAUGUUAGCGUGCCGUACACAGAGUACGGCAGUAGAACCUCUUGCGUUUUUCUUUUAUCCGCAGUGACGGCGCGGUUAAAAAACUGCGCUUGUUUCCUGUACGGACCACUGACGGCGCUGUCUAACGGAAUAUUUUCUCUUUCUUU